AAAUCAGGUGAGGAGUAAACAAAACAAAAAUGGUGAGUCGUACCACUAACUCAUAACUCUUCAUUCAGAUUCAACGAUGAUGAAUCUCUUCGUCUUCUCUCUUCUAUUUUCUUCCCCUUUUCAUCUCACUUUCGCCAGUGGCGGCUUUCGCAGCUCCACUAAUCUAUCAGGUAUUGUCAAUAGUAGUUCUGCAGCUUCAGCUAGACAUUUAUUUGCGGAUAACAACGUUCCUUUCACUGAGGAACAGCACUUGAAAAGACUUGAAGAAUUAGCAAAAGAUUACAUGUCAAAUUCUGAUCUUGAGAAUGCUAUCAUGUCAUUGAACCGUAGGUGCAGUAAGAUAUCCAGAGUCUACAGCAUUGGAAAGAGUGUGCUGGGAGUUCCAUUGUGGGUGAUGGAAAUCUCUGACAAGCCAGGCAAAGAAGAGGCUGAGCCUGCUUUUAAGUACAUUGGCAACGUGCAUGGGGAUGAACCUGUAGGUCGUGAGCUUCUAAUUCUUCUGGCGAACUGGCUUUGUGAUAAUUAUAUGAAGGAUCCCUUGGCUACCCUGAUUGUAGACAAUGUUCAUCUUCACAUACUCCCAUCAAUGAAUCCAGAUGGGUUUUCAUUGAGGAGGCGUGGAAAUGCGAACAAUAUCGAUUUGAACCGAGACUUUCCUGACCAGGUAUCUCUUGACAUACUGUACUGGUGGAUAUUAUGUUAUUUUAAAGUUAGAUAUGAAUGUUUUUCGUCUUCUUACUGUUCUUGUCAUUGUCUUCAGAUACAUGCAAGGGAAGCGUUAGCCGAUUACCACCGGUUGCUGGCGCCUGGGGGCGAUUAUGAAGUUGUAGCAACAAUGCCAGGAUAUAAGUCAAGGAGUACAAGAAUUAUGUUGGGGGAAGAAGCGAUGACGGUGGAUUUUGUUAUGGAUCCAGUAAUCACUCCCAUAAAUAGCUUUUUGCAAAGGGGAUGGAGCUGCAGCUUACCAGGUCCUCAUUUAGAAGUUUUUUUCAUUUUGGUUUUGGUGUUAGUUUCAGUAUUCCUCUGCUUUUUAUUGAAGAGGAGAGUAGUAUUAAACUAUCCAAAACAGAGACAGACAAAAAGGUCUGUUCUUGGGGUAUGAAGUUAGCGUGCGCACACACAUUUUCGAGAAACGAUAUUUGUAAGACUGAAAAAAAUAUGAUAGUAAUAGUGAAAAAGAUUAUUACUUGUAUCA